UACCCACAUGACACUUGAGGAACUGUAUUUACUAUCGGAUAGCUUUUCUGCUAUCCAUAAACUGCUGGUCAUUACUUUGAAAGGCCAGGUAGAGCAGAAGAUAGCUAAUGGUCUUUUCAAGGAAGACUUGCAUUCUAGUCAACGCUCAUCAGUCUAAAUAAAUUUGCUCUCUGAAGUCUACCAAACUGAAAAGUUUUUCUACGAGUUUUACAAGCUUUGAAAGUUGAAACCAAUGGACAUUCUGUCUUUCAUGUUCACCAACACCAUUUUGCUAAUAUUGUUUUCAGGUAUUGCUGAUGGAAUCGAUGUCUUCACCUCCUCUCAGUCUGUUAGUGAUGGCAGAACCUUGGUUUCAAGAGAUGGAAUCUUUGAGCUUGGUUUCUUUAGUCCUGGAAGCUCUAAGAAUCGUUACUUGGGAAUUUGGUACAAGAAAAUAGCAGUUAAAACUGUUAUUUGGGUUGCAAACAGAAGCAAUCCGAUCAAUGACACAACUGGUUUGCUGAUGAUAAACAGGAAAGGUAAUCUUGUAUUGCUCAGUCGAAACAAUGGUGUUGUUUGGUAUACCAACAUACAGAAAGGAGUUCAAAGUCCUGUAGUUCAGCUCUUAGAUUCUGGAAAUCUUGUCCUAAGAAGUGAAAAUGAUAAUGAUUCAGAAACAUUUUUGUGGCAAAGUUUUGAUUAUCCAAGCGAUACAUUACUUCCAGGGAUGAGACUUGGAUGGGACUUGAGGACUGGUCUUGAUCGGCGUCUGUCAGCCUGGAAGAACUCAGAUGAUCCAUCACCUGGAGACUUCACGGCUGGUGUUGAGCUAUAUCAAUACCCUGAUAUUGUUGCAUGGAAGGGCCCAAAUAAAUACGUUAGGACAGGCCCCUGGAAUGGCCUCAGAUUCAGCGGUGCACCCAUGUUAAGGCCAAAUUCCAUUUUUGAGAAUGGUUUUGUGUGGAAUGAGCCGGAGGUGUACCAAGUAUAUACUGUCAAAAAUAAAUCGCUGAUCUCAAGAUAUAUGUUGAACCAAAAUGCCUAUCAGGGUCAGCACUAUAUAUGGAAUGAAAAAGCUGGAAAUUGGAUGAUGAUCACAUACAUACCCAGGGACAUCUGCGACAACUAUGAUCGCUGCGGUCCAUAUGGAAGUUGUGUCAGUACUGAGGUGCCACCUUGUCAGUGUUUAAAAGGGUUCAAGCCUAAAUCAUCACAGAAUUUGUACACAAUGGACUUUAACCCAGGCUGUGAGCGCAAUAAACCACUAUACUGCCAGAAAGGUGAUGGGUUCAUCAAAUAUGUUGGACUGAAAGUGCCAGACACCACAAAUUCUUGGGUAAACAGAAGUAUGAGUCUCAAGGAAUGCAGGGCUAGAUGCUUACAGAACUGUUCUUGUAUGGCUUACACACCCACUGAUAUUAGAGAAGGCAGCGGUUGUGCCCUUUGGUUUGGUGAUCUGAUUGAUAUUAAACUAGUUCAAGAUGGUGGUCAGGAUCUAUACAUUCGAAUGUCUGCCUCUGAAGUAGAGCCAAAAGGUAAUGAUAAGGUCAAGAUAGCAGUCACAAUUCCAAUUGCCAUUUUCAUAGUUGCUGGUGUGCUUCUUGUCAGCUGUUACAUUUGCAGCAGCCGUGCAAGCUCAAAAGGGGCAAGAGAAAACGAUGUGAUAAACGAUAGGAACAUUGAAGGGCAAAGGGAAGACUCAGAAGUCCAGUUAUUCGACCUAGCAUUAAUAUCCAAAGCAACCAAUGACUUCUCAAUUGACAACAAGCUAGGACAAGGUGGUUUUGGGCCUGUAUACAGGGGUACCCUUGUAGAUGGACAAGAAAUUGCUGUGAAGAGGCUUUCAAGAAGCUCUGGACAAGGUCUAACUGAGUUCAAAAAUGAAGUAGCACUAAUUGCCAAGCUUCAACAUCGAAAUCUUGUAAAGCUUCUGGGAUGCUGUAUUGAAGGAGAGGAAAAAAUGCUGGUUUAUGAAUAUAUGCCAAACAAAAGUUUGGACUUCUUCAUUUUCGAGAAAACAAGAAGUAAGCUACUAGAUUGGCCUAAGCGUUUUCAUAUUAUUGGGGGAGUUGCUCGAGGGCUCGUCUACCUACAUCAAGAUUCUAGAUUGAGGAUUAUACACAGAGAUCUCAAAGCAAGUAAUGUUCUUCUUGACAAUGAGAUGAACCCCAAAAUUUCAGACUUUGGCAUGGCUAGAUCUUUUGGAGGAGACCAAUUUGAGGGGAACACAAAUAGGGUGGUUGGAACCUAUGGUUAUAUGGCACCAGAAUAUGCUAUUGAUGGGCAAUUCUCAGUAAAAUCGGAUGUCUUUAGCUUCGGAAUACUGGUGCUGGAGAUUAUAAGUGGGAAGAAAAAUAGAGGGUUUUACAAUCCUGGCAAUGGCCUUAACCUUAUUGGACAUGCUUGGGAUUUGUGGAAAGAAGAAAAGGCUGUACAGCUGAUCGAUCCUUUGCUAAAAGAAUCAUGUAAUCUAUCAGAAGUGGCACGAGGUAUCCACAUUGGUCUCCUAUGUCUGCAACAACAUCCGGAGGAUAGACCAAACAUGUCAUCAGUGGUUCUGAUGUUGGGUAGUGACACAACAUUGAGUAAACCAAAACAACCUGGUUUCCUGAUGGAAAGGAAAUCACCUGAAACAGACUCUACAUCAAGCAAGCUUGAAUCUUCUUCAACCAAUGAUAUAAGUAUGUCUAUAUUGGAGGGUCGAUGAUUAAUGAUUCUUGAGCUAUACACCUCCUGCUGUGUAACGUUCCCUGAUUUUUGUGAAGCAAAGAUCAUUAACUACUUGCAUUGACCUUUUUGGGCCUAAUUGAACUAUUUGCGUCGUCCAAUGAGAUAUGCAUCAUUCCUAGUUGAACCCUUGGGAAGAAAUGGUUGGCCAAUUGUAAACUAAUUAAAAAGCUUGUAAUAUGUUCUGUUCAGCUUAUGAACAGAUCUAGUGAAAAAAGACCAUAGCUUUCACAUAACUAGGAAAUAGGUAUGCCCAUUUUUGGGAAUAGUCCUGGAUAUUGAAAGUUCACAUUGUAUUUCCUGAGUUCUGUUCCCUUUUUGUCUACGGGGGUUGGUUUUGUGUGAGGAAUGGGUUUGUAUAGGGGUGCUGGCUUAUGUGCAGGGGUUGAUCCUUGUGUGAUUUUGUUAUGGCAUACCUCAAUGUUCUUUUGUAAGGGGUAUGCCUUGCAAAAUCUUUUUGCUGGAGAACUAAUGUUCUUUCAGACCUUAAAUAAAAUUGAACUUUCAAAAAAACAAACAACUAGGAAAUAGGAAUUCUAUGCG